GCCGGGGCGGGGCCGGGGCGGGGCGAGCCCGCAGGACUCUUAGGGCUGCCGGGAACAUGGCGCUGUGCGGUUGGCGCAGCGCGGCCGCCCCCUGGCUGUGGGGCUCCGUAGCUGUACGGGCCGAAGCCAGGGGAGGCAUGGGGCCGUUCCAGGCCUGCGGCUGUCGGCUGGUGCUUGGCGGCAGAGACGGUGUCAGUGCGGGGCCGGGAGGCAGCCGUGGGGUCCACGGUGAGCCCCUGGGUCCGGCGCACCCUUUGCAGAGGCCUCCCAGACCCGCGGUGCCCGGGGCAUUCCGGAGGCGGCCGAGGGCAGCGGCUCCCUGCUUCUCCUUUUCGAGUAUUAAAGGUGGAAGAAGACCCAUAUCUUUUUCUGUGGGUGCUUCAAGUGUUGGAAGUGGAGGCAGCAAUGACAAGGGGAAGCUUUCUCUGCAGGAUGUGGCUGAGCUGAUUCGGGCCAGAGCCUGCCAGAGGGUGGUGGUCAUGGUGGGGGCCGGCAUCAGCACACCCAGUGGCAUUCCAGACUUCAGAUCUCCGGGGAGUGGGCUGUACAGCAACCUCCAGCAGUACAAUCUCCCGUACCCCGAAGCCAUUUUUGAGCUUCCAUUUUUCUUCUACAACCCCAAGCCCUUUUUCACUUUAGCCAAGGAGCUGUACCCUGGAAACUACAAGCCCAAUGUCACUCACUACUUCCUCCGGCUGCUUCAUGACAAGGGGCUGCUUCUGCGGCUCUACACGCAGAACAUCGAUGGGCUUGAGAGAGCAUCAGGCAUCCCUGCCUCAAAGCUUGUUGAAGCUCAUGGAACCCUUGCCUCUGCCACCUGCACAGUCUGCCGAAGACCCUUCCCAGGGGAAGACUUUUGGGCUUACGUGAUGGCAGACAGGGUGCCCCGCUGCACAGUCUGCACUGGCGUUGUGAAGCCCGACAUCGUGUUCUUUGGGGAGCCGCUGCCCCAGAGGUUCUUGCUACAUGUGGUUGAUUUCCCCAUGGCAGAUCUGCUGCUCAUCCUUGGGACCUCCCUGGAGGUGGAGCCUUUUGCCAGCUUGACCGAGGCCGUGCGGAGCUCAGUUCCCCGACUGCUCAUCAACUGGGACUUGGUGGGGCCCUUGGCUUGGCAUCCUCGCAGUAGGGACGUGGCCCAGCUGGGGGACGUGGUUCAGAGCGUGGAAAGGCUAGUGGAGCUUCUGGGCUGGACAGAAGAGAUGCGGGACCUUGUCCAGCGGGAAACUGGGAAGCUUGAUGGAGCAGACAAAUAGGAUGGCAGCUGCCCCACACAGGAAAUGGUGCCAUAGGAGCCAUCCACAUCCCAAUUCUGACGAGACCUCGUGCCUGAAGACAGCUUGGGCGGGUUUACACGUUUGGUCAAACCAGAAUAUGUGAACUGUGUGGACACCUGAGGCUGCCACUGGACUGUCUUCCCAGGCUGUGGGCUGUGCUGACUGGUAGGGCUGUUUCCGUUCAGGGGCACCCUGUCAUAAUAUGCAAAGGAGCUGCCUGCCUGCCUGUUUGCGGUGUUUAACUCUUCACUGCCGAAGGUCUUAAUGGAAAAAGCUUUCUCCUGACAAGGACCCUCUUGAAGUGAAACAGAGUAGAAUGCCAGCCUGGGUCUGCGUUCUCUGUGCCAGGUCCCCAUCUGAAGGCAAGUUCAGCAUCUGUUGAUUAGAAGACCCAGACUUGCGCCAAGCAGCCCCAGCCCUCUUCGUGUCCUGAAGUGUAGUCUUAAGGCCCUGGUGCUACACUUCUAGCACCUUGGUCUCCUUUAGCAGGGCUGUUUUUAAUUAGAGAAAACCUGUCCUUUAUUUUCAGCAUGAAAUACAUUUUAGCCUCCAUCAAAGG